AUGGGUGAGAUAGUGCCAAAUUAAUUGUUCGUUGCUGGUUACAGUCGUAACAAAAUACCUGAUGAGAAGGGCAUAAAGGACAUAUUCAAAAAAUAUGGUAAUAUAAAGGAUGUUGCCUAUAAGGGAUCGUACUCUUUUGUUACAUUUUAAUCGGAAUCGGAAGCUGAGGAUGCUCUUAAGGCACUUAACGGAUAAACGAUUAACGGAUAGAAAUUAAAAGUUGAUGUAGUUGACAAUCGAAAAGGACGUAGAAGUGGGCCUUAAGAGAAUGACGAAUGCUUCAAAUGUGGAAAAGGAGGGCAUUGGGCUAGGGAGUGUCCAAACAGAUCGUCACCAAGGAGAAAGAGGUAUUCUGAUUCGAGAUCACGACAUAGAAGAUCAAGGAGAUCAAAUUCAAGGUCUCGUUCGUAUUCUUCUUAUUCAUCUUCUCACUCGAGGAGAAGGAGGGACUCUAAGAAGCGAAACAGAUACAGCAGAAGGAGCAGAAGUCCAAGGAGAGAUAAUAAGAGGAAGAAAAGUACCAGUUGCAAGAGAUCUAAUACAAAUUCAAGGUCCAGAUCAUCAGUUAGCAAUAAAUAGAGAUAGUCACACAAGAUCAAAUAAAGAAAAAAAAGAAAUUAGAAAUUAAAUCAAUCGUGUUUUCUUCCAUUUUUCAUUCCCUUUCCUAUUAUUUCUGAACUGCUUUUGCUCAUUCAUAGGAAAACAUUUAAUAUGUCAACUUCUUAAGCAAUCGAAAAACUAAAUAAAUUUUGUAUAUAAAUAUAUUUUUUAAGACAUUUUUACUAUUAUUAAUUCAUAGAAAAAAUGAAUGAAAGAUUUGAGUAAAAUCUAUAGGCAAUUAUUUAGAGAGAAUGCCAAACUGAAAAUAAAAAUUUACUUCUCAAGGGAUAAAUUGAGUUAUUAAAAUAACAAAUAAGAGAUCAGAAAUUAAUCAAGCAAUAGCAAGAUCAAGAACUCAGGGAAAUAGAGAAGAUACAGGUUAUGCAAAAUCUAAAGGAAGAAUAGUAGAAGUAGAUUGAGGAGAAGGAGAUCCAAUUGAUCAAACAAAAAAAGGAACUUCAUCUCAGAUUAGAUGCAUGUGAAGACUUAUAAUUCGAGAUAGAACAAUAAUAUCAGCAUCUGCAAAUUCAAUAGGAGAAUCAUAAGAUUUUGGAUGAAUCGAUUAAAAGACUGAUGGAUUGUAUUUAAAGGGUUAAGAAACCAAUAAAAAACUAGUUAUUUAACAAUCGAGUUGCAACUUCUCAUUCAUUCGAUGACCGGGCCAGUGGUUUUGGGAUUAUGGGAAUGUUUAAGUCUAAAAACAAUGUCGACGAUUAUAUAUAGAGAGUGGAAAAAAUUAAUACUUCUAGACUAUUUGAUCAUUGAUUAAAACUAUUAUAUUUGCGUAUAUUUAAUUAUCAUUGUUUAAUUUUGA